UUACUGUUCGGAAGGUCUCCGAGCAAGAAAAGCACGCUCGGAAUUUGGCAUGGAGAAGACAACAAAAUUUGUUUUAGUUGAACAUCUUGAGGAUUUAGAUAAGAAAGAUUUAAAGCGCUUCCGAGUUAAAUUUGUGGAAGAAGGCAAGUUAGGCAAGGCACCAGGUAUCACCAAGCGUAAAGUCGAGGAUGCCGAAGAUGAAAGUGAUCUCGCGGAUUUGUUGCUGAAAGCUUAUGAGGACGACGCAGUUAACAAAACUGAGGACAUUAUGCGGUUUAUUGGAUGUAACGACACAGCUACCAAACUGCGCGCAGUGUACUCUAAAACACAUCAAGCACAAAGCGCAUCUGAGGGAAAGAAUACCAAUCCAGCAUGUGGAGGUAAUCAGCAAGUCAGAAGCUCGAUCGAAGUGUACAACAUGAGCAGGAAACCCCUUGGACCUUGUGUCAUCUUCAACAAUGUCAAAUUUAUUGAUGGUAAAAAAGAACGCUUAGGAUCUGAUAAGGAUGCAGAGGUUCUCGAAAGCACAUUUAACGGGCUGGGGUUUGACGUUGAGGUCCUGCGGGACAAGAAAGUGCAAGAAAUUAAAGACAAGCUUGAAGAACUCAGCAAGAAGGUGACUGAUGAUGACUGCUGCUUCGUCUGUUGCGUGCUCAGCCAUGGCAAUACCACAGGUGUGGAAGGCUACGACAAAGCUGUCCUGCCCAUCCAUGAUAUACUCUCUCCAUUCAGUGGGAGAAGAUGCCCAGCUUUGGCAGGGAAGCCCAAAGUGUUUUUCAUCCAGGCAUGUCGAGGUUCUGAGAUGCAGAAGAAGGUGGAGGUCCAGGCAGAUUCUUUGGAUGAAGAAGAUUCUGACCUUAGCCUGGAUAGCAUCGUCAGUAUUCCUGAUUUUGCAGAUUUCCUCAUCUCCAUGUCCACCUUCGAUGGCUGUUAUGCCCUCAGAAGUCCUGUGGAUGGCUCCUGGUUCAUCCAGUCCCUCUGUAACCACCUGAAAGAGUUAUGCCCACAAGGUGAAGAUAUCUUGUCCAUCCUUACUAAAGUCAACAGUGAUGUUGGUGCUAAGGGGUUGUCUUCUAAGCAAAUCCCCGAGCCAAGGUUCACCCUAAGGAAGAAGCUGGUCUUCCAUGUUCCUGAAUGAGAUAUGAGAUGAAAUUCCACAUGUACUGCUACAAAAAAAUGGAUGUAUUUGUUUUGUUUUUAAACAUGCAAAAUCUAUAUUUUAGUAAUUAUUACCUUUUUAAAAUAUUGUACAUUUAUAUUUUCAAGUCAAUUUUUUAAAACUAAACAUGAUUAUCACCAUAAGUGCUCAUCUUUAGCACUGUAGAACAAUGUUGUUUGCUGACUUCAUACCUUUACUAUGAUCACUUAUUCAAAUAAAAAAAAAUGUAACA